CUUUUGUAGCCCUAAAUUCCAGCCCCGAGGGGAAAUUAUUACAAGCCGGCGGUAAGCCGGUAACUAAUCUACAAAUCCCUUCCAGUUUUUAUAGCGGAAAGAAUCUCGGAGCCAAAACCUCCGCGGCGGCAAUGAACCAUAGCCCUAACCUUCUCGACGAAGCCUUGGGUCUCACGGGACGUGGUUUUGGUUGUGGUGCUCUUUCGCAGGGGCGGGUCGUUCUGGUCGAAGACUGUGUCGAGACGAGCGGCGCUUUCGUCCUCCAUCACCUUGUCAAGCGAGCUCUCUCCACCGACAGUGGCGGGAACGUGAUCUUCAUCGCCCUUUCCCACUCUUUCUCUCACUACGACCGCAUCCUUCGGAAGCUGGGAUGCAAUCUUUCAAUGCAUAGGGAGCACAAUAGGUUUCAUUUCGUAGAUAUGCUUAAAGUGGAGUUUCCAAAUGAGAUCCAGAAAAAUGCCGUAGAACACGGACUAGUUGAUUUGUAUUCAAAGAUCCUGAAGGCCGUAGAAGUUAGCUCCUCAGGGGACUACAGUAGGGCUCACAUUUCUAUUGUGAUAGAUGACCUGUCGAUUUUGGAGAUAGUUGCUCAUGGUUCAGUGGAUCAUGUGUUAGACUUUCUGCACUAUUGUAUUACCCUUACAUCAGAACAGGAUUGUUCACUGGUGAUUCUGAAUCAUGAAGAUAUCUAUCCAGAAAUGGAAGCUCCAAGGCUUCUUUCCCAUCUAAUAUACCUAGCAGAUUUUGUUAUAAAGGCAGAGCCACUGGUUACUGGCAUAGCUGCUGAUGUGCAUGGACAGUUGACCGUUUUGAAGAAAGGAACUUUCAACGACAGCCAAUACACAGACAAAGCGAGCAACUUUCACUUCCAAGUGAAGGAGAAUGGAGUGGAAUUAUUUUUCCCAGGAACUCGAUGUUAAACAUGGCGUAAGUUUGAUUCACCUGACAAGUUAUGCCCUCACAUUUUGUAUAUAAAUAUGCUUUCAUUAACUUAUUAGUGAGAUUUUACAAAAAAAAAAAAAAAAAAGCUCGUUUCGGACGGCUUUUUUAUUGCUUUUUAAAACAA